GCUGGUCACACUUCCAUUUUAAUGGAUAACCGCAACCAUGAAUGGUCACCCUAACAAACAUCUGAUUGUUGUUGAUAGUAGCGGCAAUUUGUUUUGAAAUAGAAGUUUAUUUUGAUUAAACAUAAUGGAAACCGAGUUAAGUGAAGAACAAUUGGCAAUAAUUGUUAACCAGGUGCAACUUUGUAUGCUCCCAGCACUUAAGGAAAAUCUAGAUGAAGUGCAGCUGCUGCCGGAACACUUAAAAACAUAUCACUUACUGCUGCGCCAGGAACUUCCGCGAUUGUUUGAUUUGAUACACAAACACGAGGACAUCUUUACGAAUAAGGAAUUUUACAAAGAGCUGCGGCAGCUGCUUGUGUUGUUGUUGUGUGAGUUAAGCGCAUCGUCGACGAUUUAUAAACUAGAUGUUGACGCCACAAAUUUGUUGCAAACUGUCGAUCGGCUGCUAAAGAAGCUAGAAACUUGCUGUCAGCUUGGCGAGGCAGCUGCCAUUUUCACGUACUACGAGCAAAAGUUACACAAAGACUGCUGGAAGCGAGAACUGGGAGCUGUGCAUGGCUAUGAAAGAUAUCUGGAGCACUGUUGCGCCAAUGAAGUAAAAAUGACCAAGAAACUGCUAACAUUUAGCUUGGCUGUUGGACUAAAUGUACGCGAAUGUCAUCUGCCAGAGUACAAACACCUUGGCGUGCGAAUCUUCGCUAGAAUGCUGAGCAGCGGUCAUGCUUCUGAUAUCCAAGAGCUGAACGUACAAGGCGUCAUCUACGAGAAUCUCUUUCGCGAUGCUUAUACAAUGGAUGCUGUGGACGUCACAACAUUAGUUUGGAAGUGUCUCUGCCAGUGUUUGGAUCACUUUACUAUGCUCGAUUCGUAUACGUGGAAUCAAUGUGAUGACAUGCUGGAGAGACUUAUACACAAUGUUACGAUGGCAUCAAGCCCUGAAAUGUCCAUUAGUCUGUUGCAAUUUAUUACACAGCUUGGUUAUUACUUUACCAUUAAUCGCGCAGAGGUUAAAGAAGUCUUGAAUAGCGAUUUUUCUCAACCGGAACAGUUGGCAGCGUGUCGCGAAGUUUGUGCCUCAAUUAAUGUGUGCACCAAUUAUCGUUGGGCCAAAGCCAUACUGCAAAUGCUUGUUCUGGAAUCGGAGAAACUAUUGCGGAGCGUUAGUGUCUGCACGAAGUUGCUGUUGGCCAUGCAACGUUGUUAUCUGGUGUGCAUAUUUCCCAUUCCACUGCAGGCAUUAAAUGUUCAUUUACGUGAAUUUCUUACCAAGUUUGUGGCCGUACUUUUAGAGUGCAUUGUUGUGCACGAAAAAGCGAAACCCAUUGUACAGUUAACUCAAGAAUUUAUUGAAAUCUUUAUUUGCCAACUGAAUAACUCCACGACUGGCCAUCAAACUCCCAGCAAUUUAAAAGAAUUUGCUACUGCUUUGGAUAGCUUACAGCAGCUUAUUGUUAAAUAAACAUUGC